GAGCGCUGACGGGGGGCGCGGCGGCGGCGGCGGCGGCGGCGGGGAGGGCUCGGCGGGCCAUUGGCUCGUGGUCGCGGCAAAGGCAGCUUGAGGACCAGAAGAGAGAGCGGGGCCCGCGGGCCGGGCCGGGGACGACCUGGGCUGAAGCCAUGGAGGACCAGAGGCAGGAGGCGCUGCGGAAGAUCAUUACUACCCUGGCCGUGAAGAAUGAAGAGAUUCAGAGCUUCAUCUAUUCCCUCAAGCAGAUGCUGCUGAACGUGGAGGCAAACUCCACCAAGGUGCAGGAGGACCUGGAGGCCGAGUUCCAGUCCCUCUUUUCUGUCCUGGAGGAGCUGAAGGAGGGCAUGCUCAUGAAGAUAAAGCAGGACCGCGCCAGCCGCACCUACGAGCUGCAGAACCAGCUGGCUGCCUGCACUCGGGCCCUGGAGAGCUCCGAGGAGCUUCUGGAGACAGCCAACCAGACCCUGCAGGCCACGGACCGAGACGACUUCCCGCAGGCUGCCAAGCAAAUCAAAGAUGGUGUGACAAUGGCCCCUGCCUUCCGGCUGUCAUUGAAGGCCAAGGUCAGCGACAACAUGAAUCACCUCAUGGUGGACUUCGCACAGGAGCGGAGGAUGCUACAGGCACUCAAGUUCCUACCUGUGCCCAGCACCCCCGUGAUUGACCUGGCCGAGUCCCUGGUGGCAGACAACUGCGUGACCUUGGUGUGGCGCAUGCCGGAUGAGGACAGCAAGAUUGACCACUACGUGCUGGAGUACCGGCGGACCAACUUCGAGGGCCCGCCCCGCCUCAAGGAGGAGCAGCCCUGGAUGGUCAUCGAGGGCAUCAGGCAGACGGAGUGCACCCUGACCGGUCUCAAGUUUGACAUGAAAUACAUGAAUUUUCGUGUGAAGGCCUGUAAUAAGGCAGUUGCAGGCGAGUUCUCCGAGUCGGUGACCCUGGAGACACCAGCGUUCAUGUUCCGCCUGGAUGCGUCCACAUCUCACCAGAACCUACGGGUGGAUGACCUCUCCGUGGAGUGGGACGCCAUGGGCGGGAAGGUGCAGGACAUCAAGGCUCGCGAGAAAGAUGGCAAGGGGCGGACGGCAUCUCCGGUCAACUCCCCAGCCAGGGGUGUGCCAUCCCCCAAGAGGAUGUCCUCGGGUCGUGGGGGUCGGGACCGCUUCACCGCUGAGUCCUACACGGUGCUGGGUAAGGAGGGGCGAAGACAGGGGGACAGCAGGGACACUCCGGGCAGGGCCCUGAUGGUGGGGGGUAGGAGAGAACUCCUUCAGCUAGGGAAACUGAGGCAACCACCAACAACAAAGCUUUCUGGGAAUGGAAACCCUGGAUGA